AAGCAAGAAGGAUCAUUGUGUGCCCAGCACUGCCUCAAUGCUUUAUUACAAAAUCAGUACUUCAGUGCAGUUGAUUUGGCACAAAUCGGCCAGAGAUUGGAUGAAAGAGAAAGAGACAGGAUGGCAGAAGGUGGCAUAGGAACUAAUGAAUAUCAAAGAUUUAUCGAGGUGAGCUUACUUUUCAUAACUUAUUAGUUUUUGCCAUACAUUUUUUGCACUGAAAAUAUUAAUUGUAUUUAGGUAAUUACUUUUUGCCAUACAUUUUUUGCACUGAAAAUAUUAAUUGUAUUUAGGUAGUUGUAGUUAUAUUUUUAAAAUGUAUACUUUAUAUAUUUUAAAGUAGAUACUGAUCUUCCAUUGAUCGCCUCCUUAGGUGGCGAAUAGCGGAAAGCCCACUGGUGGGUACUGGGUAAAUAAAAUACCUUACCUGAAAAUUAAGGCAGCUACCUAGAUAGCUGUAAGGGGAAGCCCCCCAGACAGUUGUGCGCAGGGCUAACAACCUGGCAAUGUAAUUAAAAAAAAAAAACGUUACAAAAGCCAAACAAAAAAAUUAAAUCCGGACUGAUUCUAAUGAAAAUCAACCUAUGCCUGGAUAUAGACAUGAUUUUGGAAUGCGACUUGGAAGGUACUAAGCCUGUUUAGAGCAGGAGCUUUAGCCAACCUUGUAAAUCAACUGGUUAAAUAUAAAAUAUCAUCCAUUGCUGCAUUGCAAGAAAUUUGAUGGAAAAAUUCAGACAUCCUCAAAACAAAAGACUACACUAUAUUUUAUAGAGGCAACAACACUAACACACUUUUGCUGUUUGAACAGGAUUUGCUGUGAAGAAAGAAGUUUCUGUGCAUUCAUAGGUUUUAAACCAGAGAAUGCAAGUUUGUUCUCUUUGCAUGUGAGGAAAAAUGUUUAAUAUAACAUUUAUAAAUCUUUAUGCUCCACCGAAGAUGCAGAAGGUCAGAUAAAAGAAUCCUUUUAUGAGCCUUUAUUAAAUUAGAAGACAUGGGUCUACAAGCAGGGCUGAAACUUACCAACCAAAAGACAAAAUACAAGGCUAUGGUAAGAGAAGAGCAGACGGAUAAAACCAUUAAAAUUAUAAAACACACUUUUGAAAAAGUAAAUCAAUUCAAAUACCUAGGAUCUUUAUUAACUAAUAUCCUAUUUAAGACCUGUGUUUAAAAGAAGAAAAUUUUUUUUUUAUUUGUUAAGUAUAGUUCACCAUAUAGGGUUAAAUGAAAGAAAUAAUUACUAACAGAAAUAAAAGAAAGAAAAUCGGCCAGAAACGGGGCAGACUUCAGUUGUCAGAAAAUGCUCAAAAGGAAAAACAUUACAUGAGAAACAAAGAAAACUGUUCAUAAAACUGUAAUAAGGCCAGCUGUAACAUCUAAGUGAAACUUGGACUCUAUUAAAAACGGCAGCAAAUCAAUUAACACCUAAGAAAGAAAAGUUCUCUGGAAAAUAUAUGGACCAACAAAGGAUGAAUAUGGAUAGAGAAUACAAACUCGGCAGGACACUUAGAAAGUAAGCCAAAUGGCAGAGGAGUGAAGAAGGUAAAUCACCAAAACCCCAGAGGAAAACGGCUCAAAGGCAGACCUAGACUUAGAUGGAUGGAUGAUGAAAAACGGGGUAGGCUACACUCGGCAGGACACUUAGAAAGUAAGCCAAAUGGCAGAGGAGUGAAGAGGGUACAUCACCUAAACCCCAGAGGAAAACGGUUCAAAGGCAGACCUAGGCUUAGAUGGAUGGAUGAUGUGGAAAAAGAUCUACAGCAGCUGGGAACCCAAGCAUGGAAAAAGAAAAGCAUCAGUUCGGUCUGAGUGGAAGGAAGUGAUGAGGCAGGCCAAAGACCCACAUUUGCCACAGGGAUUUACUGUCAUUGCACUGACAUAGCAGGAAAACUAUGAUGAAAACAGUUUGUCAGACAAAAUUCUAAAGUAAAUCCUUGUCUUGACAGCCUCUUACUAUAGUGUGGUCAGUGCUGUACUAUAGUGUGGUCAGUGCUGUUCUAUAGUGUGGUCAGUGCUGUACUAUAGUUGCGUCAGUGCUGUACUAUUGUGUGGUCAGUGCUGUACUAUAGUGUGGUCAGUGCUGUACUAUAGUGUUGUCAGUGCUGUACUGUAGUGUGGUCAGUGCUGUACUAUAGUGUGGUCAGUGCUGCUUAGUAAUAUAUAAAUACACUCUAGACAGCAUCUGGUUGUACAGAAAUAACAUCUGGUGGCACAAACAGUUCUUGGUCUGACAUAUUUUAUAAUUAAAACCAUUCUAAUCUUCAUACAAUUAUGGUCUGUCCCAGACUGAGAGAAUAUUCACUUCGUAUUCAUUUCAUACAUUUGCAGGAACCAUCAAGUAAUUAUGAUGACAGUGGAUUUUUUUCUGUACAAGUUAUAACAGAAGCUCUUUCUGUGUGGGGAUUAGAUAUAGUUCUAUUCAACAGUCAGGAUCCUGUGGCUGUACAGGCCAGGGAAGAUCCAACGUAAGUUAUUGUUAGAUUCUUUUCAUUAGAGAAUUUUAUAAUUACAUCUUUCAGUCAAAAUUAUUAUAGAUUUAAACUGAAGUUUUCUCAUCAUUUUAUUGUAAUAUUAAUUAAAAUUUUCAUGAAUGCAAUUCUUUUUUUUCUUUUUCUUAAGGAUUUCCCUCCCAUUGUUUCCUUUUCUUGUAAUCCUACAGGCAAAUGUCAGCCCCCCAAUGUUUUCUUCUAAUCCUACAGGCAAAUGUCAGCCCCCCAAUGUUUUCUUCUAAUCCUACAGGCAAAUGUCAGCCCCCCAUUGUUUUCUUCUAAUCCUACAGUCAAUUGUCAGCCCGCCAUUGUUUUCUUCUAUUUUCUUGUAAUCCUACAGGCAAAUGUUAGCCCCCCAAUGUUUUCUUCUAAUCCUACAGGCAAAUGUCAGCCCCCCAAUGUUUUCUUCUAAUCCUACAGGCAAAUGUCAGCCCCCCAUUGUUUUCUUCUAAUCCUACAGGCAAAUGUCAGCCCCCCAUUGUUUUCUUCUAAUCCUACAGGCAAAUGUCAGCAUUUAUUUGUAAUUACCUCCAGCAUUGGUUCUGUGUACGUAAACUAGGACGGCAGUGGUUUAAUUUAAACAGUUUGCUUUCUGGUCCGGAGUUGAUAUCUGACACAUAUUUGUCAUUAUUUCUUACACAGCUGCAACAGGAAGGUAAGUCCAUUGUUUGUUUUAAGUUUUUAUAAUCAUUUGCUGGAAGAAAAUUGAGGUCAUUGGAUCUGCUUUAAUUUUAAAAAUGAAAAAUGAUUUUGAACCAUUAUGUUGUAUGGUUACGGUUUGUUUUCCAAGAUGAUAUUAAAAUAAUGAACUACAGUAUUUACUAUUGGAUAAUUUGCACCCUUAUUUUGGUCUUGUCAAGUGGGUAUCACAGAAAUGAUUCCUAUAACAACUUGAAAACUGAAAAGCAAUUGUCAUUAACUUCAUGAUUAUUAAUCACAUAAAGAGAGGAUUCUCCGACAUUUAGUAUAAGUGACAACUACACACUGAAUAACUGUAAGCCAAAUUGUAAUUGAUUGUAAUGGUGUGGUAUUUACUAAACAAUUAUUGGGCUGCUCUGUUUAGACCAGGGGUGACCAACCUUGUGGCUCAUGGCCCAAGAUGGCUAUGAAUGCGGCCCAACAACACAAACAUGAACUUACACAUUUUAUGAGAUUGUGACUAGAAUGCCAUUACUAAUAAUACAAACUAAAUUAUGAUAAAACGACUUUCUUGGCCAUUUUGAAAACAUCUGGUAUAGCUACUGAUGUGCCCCGCUUGUCGCUGCAUAAUACGGACACAAUAAAAUGAAUGCGCAAAAGCUUUAAUGAUGGAUAACAUCAUACAGAUUGUCAUCAAGGCUGAAGAUUACAUGUUAUAAGGUUAAGAUUAGGUAAAAUGUUAACAAGAUUUGCGAAAUGAAAUCAAGUCACUUAUGGAAUCAAAUAUGUGCCAUAACUUGACAAUGGAAACUGGCUAACAUAUCUGGCACUUUUAGCAGACUUGACAGCUCCUUAAAAUGCAUGAAAAAUGCAUCUUCAAGGUAAAAACCACCCGGUCAGUAAAAUGUUUGAAAUUAUAACGGAGUUUGAAAUAAAACUGAAUUUAUGGCCAUAUCAAAUAAAACAAAAAAUUUUAUGCAUUUUGAUCCUUUGGCUAAACACGAUUCUGUGAACAGUGAAAACUAUGCAGCCUUGCAGUUUGAUUUGAUGCAGAGAUUUCCAGAAAAAACUUCAAUCUUUUGGUAUAUUUGUAACUCCUUUGUCAGGUGACAUAAUCAUAUUACCUGCCAAUUUUCAAAUCGAAUGCAUAGAGCUACACUCUGACAUGCAUAGAGCUACAAGCUGACAUGCGCUCUGAUAGUGAUAUUCAACUUUUAAAAAAAAUUUGAUCAUAUCUCUUUAUUGGACUUUUGCUAUUUUGACAGUGACUGUAAUGGCCAUGAUCUGUAAUUAAAAUUAUUUAUUUUCAGGGUAUUGCAUAUUUAUAGUGGUGGGUAACCUUCCUGAGUGCGAAGCUGACCAACUGUUGAGACUAAUGCCAGCUGUUCAGACAGUCAAACCUCGCCUGGUCAAUGAGAAGGACGCCGAUAUUGACGAUGGGGCUGAAGUUGAUGAAGAUGACAAAGCAUUUAAAGAAGCCUUGAGGGUUAGUAAGGAACUUCUGGAUAGUGAUGACACAGCCCUUCAGCGAGCGUUGCAAAUGAGUAUGGAAGGUAAUGAUUGUACCCUAACAAAAGUGCAUGUUUUUAACAUUCUUUUUAUUACACUUGAUAUUAGCCUAAUUUCACCAGAUUCCACCAGAGAGCUGAAAUUUAGUUAAAAGAUAAUCCUUGACUGUCAGUUAACACUCUGUAGCUGCCCCUAAUUCCCAAAUGCGCUUGCCAAUUAUGGCUGAACGGUGACAUGAAAUGCGGAUUGUUAUGUUGGACGGUCACUGGGGGCACCCAGCAACUUACAUACUUCACCUAAAAUUUUCUGCCGCUCCCAUAGGAAUGACUCUAUUUUGCAUUUGUGAAGAAAUCUCAGUUUUUUUAUUUUCUUUGGUUAAAAAGUUAUGAGAGUUCAAAGUUCAUCAUGGCCUACUCAAAUGCAUCUAAAAAAAUAGCGUUUUUUACAGUAAAUAAAUUGAUUUGUUGUCAUUGACAAACUUUUGCAAGAUUUCCGUAUCAUCAAUGUGAAAGUAAUUUUUUAAAUUUUUCUUCACAGGAUACAUGGAGGAAUAUUCUCAACUGAAACUCUCCACUCCAACUCCAACCAUUUCUAAUCACGGAGCUUCAACUUCAAGCUCAGAUGACCAACCAGCAACCCAAGAAGAGCUAAGACGGAAGAGGAUGGCUUUUCUCAACAAACAGGCCUCAAAUACUGGUUUAGAAUCAGAAAGUAGAGCCAUCAGUGCUACAGAUACAGGCCAAGCUGACCCCCACAGUGCUACAGAUACAGGCCAGGCUGACUCCCACAGUGCUGCAGGAGGUCAAUUAUUGUCUUAUCAACCUUAUACUAUUGUGCUUAAAAUAAUGUCUCACUUUCUCCUAGUCUCAUAAAUCAGAGACCUCAGUUUUUUUUUUAUUUCUCAAAUCUGUCAUUAGUGUCAUUUAAAAGCUCUACAAAAAAUUUAAAAGUCCAAACCCCCCCCCCUCCCCAAGUGGCUGGGGGGGGGCACUACCUCAAUCAUUUUUAGCUAAAAGAUAAGUUACAUUGUGAAUUUUGAAAAUGUUUAAAAAUAUAAAGAGUAGCAAUUUUACUUGUUAAUACACAUUUUCAGACCUUUCUGAAGAAGAACUUCUCAAGCAAGCAAUAGCUAUGUCCAUGGAGCACAGUUGAUAAAGUGACAGUAAUCUCCCCUGAUACAAAAUCUGUGAUAAACAUCAUAGUUGAAGCAUCUUGACAUUUCAUUCUUGUCUUGUUGUCAGUGUGCCGUUGGUCAGGGCACAUCAUUGACAUACAGGUAGCCUGGGCCAGAUUAUGUUGUCUCUCCCCACCAUGCAAACAUUCAACCAACAGAGAAAGUAACAUCAAGCUUUGAUACAUAAACAUUACCUGAAAAUAGUUUCACAGAAAUAAAACAGACGUUGACUUUUUAAAAUGGUUUGAGCAGAUCAGUGGUUUUUCUAAUUGUAAAUAUAGAGGCAUGUUGUUAUUCUGUUUUAGUACCAUGCACUUAAAUGUCAGGUGAACAAAAAUGUUGAUCAUUUUAAAUGGCGAUUUCUUUGUAUGAAUCGAAGGACUAUUUCUGAAAGAUGAUUUGUUGAUUACAAUAACAGCAUCAGCCGGGUUUACUUGGGCUGUUAUUUGGAUGCCAGAAAACAGUGAAGCGUAAAACCUUGACAUUUAGAAUACCGGGUACAUAUAGAUCAGUUACUGGUACUUAAUAAUAUUUUUUAUAUAUUCCUUCAUGGAGCAUUUUGAGAACUUGUACGCAAUGUAAGUUGGAGUCCUUUUACCUUUACAACCUUAUGAGGUCAGAAAACCUUGAAAAGAUGCCAUCUUUGUUUUUUCUCGUAAUUAAGGCCAAAACACGAAGUACCUAUAAUUUUACUAUUUCAACUAAACAAAAUAAUUCCUAAAUAAAUAUUGCUAAACUUGGAUGUGUUCAUUUCCUGCCUCUGUAUUAGUAGAACAUUUAUACAGAUCCAGAUAAACUGACUUGUAGGGUGAAAAUCACCAUUUAAUAAAUAGUUUUCCUGAAACUCAAAUUUUGUUACUCGUUAUUUCUGGACAAUGACAAAAGAUUGUACUUUUCCUGUUUCAAGCCCUUUUAGCUAAGCAAAAUAUUUUUCCCCCCUCUCACUCCAUCUUCUUUCAAACAACUGUCAAUGUCUUUUUAAUGCUACUGACAUGCCAUGAGGCCGAGACACUUUCAAUAACUAAUGACUUAAGACCUAUUAACAUUACAGUACCCAAACUUUUUGGAUUACAUUUAAAUAAAAUUUACAAAUAUUAAUCUAAUGAAAUAGCAAUAACAGGUUUACAAAACUUUAAAAGAUUUUUCAAAUAUUUAAUUAUUUCACCAAGAAUUUAUGGUUUUAUGUAAUUAACCUAUGCUUUUAUUUAGUUAUCAAAUCAAUCCAUUGAAAUAGAUCUUUUAUUUUGUAUCUCUGAUACUGAUAAGUUUGUGGACAAAAUGUAUGAUUUUAAUUAUGUAUAGAUUUAUUUUAGACAUUAUUUAAAUGUCAUGAUAAUGUCUCUUUUGAUAAUAGUUUUAUGUACAGCGUGGUGAGCCCAGCCCUAGGCUGGGGUACCGCACUAUAUAAGACCACUGUUUAUUAUUAUUAUAAGCAAAAUAAGUCAUAUUCUAUAGAAUAAUAUGAGGGACUGCAUUCAAGCCCUGUUAAGUAAUUAUUGGAAUAAGGUCUAUUUAGACUAGCAUUGUCUUUUUCAAGCCUGAACAUAUCUUAUUCCAUAUUUAAUAGUUUCAACAUUUCUGUUAAUAAAUCAGUCACUCUGCCAGCUUUUAAAGGGCAUCCAAAAGAGUAUCAUUUUACAAACCCCCCCUUCCCUAUGGCUUCUCCCUAUUUGUGGGAAUCCACUUCACAUGAUUUUUGUUCAAAACCUUAACUAUUGAUUCGAUUUAAAUACUAGCAUUGUAAACUUAAUUUGGUUCCAUCAUUUGUACACAUAUAAUUACAGCCACCUUUGUCAGUUUUAGUAACAUAUAUGUUGUAUGGUAAUAUUCAUAUUUUAAUGAUGUUUUAGAAUUAAAAUAAUGU